ACUUGGGUCUAGUGUUAGGCCAUACAAUUAGGCAGUGGGAGGCUCCUCCUCCUUUUGCCUUGCUUAAAGCUGGCUGGUCCCCUGACUCUUCCUUAUACUCAUGCCUUAUUUCUGUGCCUUGGUUAUUGGGGGUAGGUGGGCAUGGGUGUAGGAAUAGGAUAACUUCUAUAUGCACACAAAAUCCUCAGCCCUGUCCUCCCUAACUUGGGUUUGACCUAAAGUGAAGGAAGGCUGACUGACAUGGGUUUGUGAUUCUCAGAAAAGAACAUAACUCCGUCUUUCCAGAAGCUAUCAGUGCCUAGAAUGCUGUGCAGGCACUCCUGCUGUGUUGGGGGUAGGGACAAAGUUUCUGCUCAAGGUGACACAGAUUGUGCAUUGUGCAACUUCUAGGGAGCACCCUUCACCUUGUUACUAUAUAGUUACUACGACUAUUUUCUUGCAAAUGGCAGUUAGGUGUCUUGAGGAAGGAACACUUUUUUCUAAUGUACACAAAGUUGCUAUAAGUGCUAGCCAUGGAGCUGAGGGAGGGGGGAUUAUUGAACACCAAAAGGAAGUGUGGAUGCCACAAAUACUUCGCUGAGCACCCUACUAUAGGCCAGGCACUUAGCCAUGGGGAUUCAUGGUAAACAGUUUUGUAUUUAAGAAUUGCUUUGUCUAGUAAGGGUGACAUAAUUCUAAUACCACAUGGUUGGCAGUUAAUUACUGGUUCUCAGGGAAACAGGUGGGCAGUGUCAGGACAUCAGGGAAGGCUUCUUAGAGAAAGUGAUUUUUUUUUUUUUUUUAAGAUUUUAUUUGACAGCACAAGCAGAGGAAGUGGCAGGCAAAGGGAGAGGGAGAAGCAGCCCCACUUGGAGCAGGGAGCCCAGUGUACUGCUCGAUCCCAGGACCUUGGGAUUAUGACCUGAGCCGAAGGCAGACGCUUAACCGACUGAGCCACCAAGGUGCCCCAAGAAAGUGAUUUCUAAACAAUAGAUUGGUGGGUGAAGUGUUGCAGGCUCAAAGCCUCUGAGAUGAGACCUGAGUGGUUGGAAGCAGAGCCCCAAGGGGUUCAGAGAGGGACAAAGCUAGAGAGGUGCCUAGAUGGAAGGUAAAGGGAAGCGACCAUUAGCCUGUUAAAAGACUAUGACUUUAAGUACCCUCUGCCCUCCAGCAGCUUCCAACUGACAAGUUACGCAUUUGAAAAGAAGCAGCCAUUGGGUGGGUGUCUGGCAAGGACGAGACAGGAGGCAGAAGUUUGAAGUCCAGAACCAAAUUAUAACUACAGGGAUCUAUCCCUGAUUCUGGGGGAAGCUCUCAGCAGAAGGCUGCAAAGUUACCAAAGAAAAUGGUCCCCUGGUACCCACCCCUUCCAGCCCAGGCUACUACUGUCAAGGAGGAGAGAUGAAAGUGGGGGAAGUUUGGGGAGGACCACAGAGAAGAAAGUCUCUGGUUGUAUGCCCAAAGGGCUUGGCUGGCCUUGGGUAGAAAGUGGAACCCAUACUUCCUGGAUGAUAGCAGAGGACAAUGGCCUGCCAGGAUAGGCUUUGGGAGAGUAAAGAUCCAAUUCAAGUAUCAGAGGAGGGUGGUUUGGUGCCAAGCUUAGGCUUGGAAGUAGAAGGAUGCUUAUCCAGGCAGCUUAAGACUGAAAAGCUCCUAGGAUUUCUUAGACAGGUGCCUGCCUGGUUUCCAGGAUGGGACACGCUUCAGUCGCGAAAUGGACCAGCGGUGACCGGCUAGAGCCCCCGCCCCGGUGGGAGGGGGCGGGACGGUCCUGGGAGAAGGGCGGGGGGCGGGGCCAGGGGCCACUUAAGGCGGAGCCGGGGUGUUCUGGCAGCGCCGGAGCCGGGCAGCAGAGCCAGGCUGGGCUGGCACUCACCCACGACCCCCCUUCCCUGCUAUGAUGGGCCGUCAGUAGCAGGUUCCAGACCCCCCGGGGGCAUGUAGGCAGAGCUGGCGGCAGCCAGGUGCGCAGAGCCACGAGAGCUCUAGGGCACUCUGGGGGCAGCUCUGCCUGCUGCGCUCUGUGGUGCCUGGGGAAAUGCCCAACUGACGGGCGGGCUGGUGAGGACAACGUACCCUUUGGUCCGAGCCCUCUGCAUCCAUGGCGCUGCCGGCCAGGCUGAUGCCCCUGUGCUGCUUGGCACUUCUGGCGCUGCCCGCCCAGAGUUGCGGGCCGGGCCGGGGGCCGGUUGGCCGGCGCCGCUACGUGCGCAAGCAGCUCGUGCCGCUGCUCUACAAGCAAUUUGUGCCCAGUGUGCCCGAGCGGACCCUGGGCGCCAGUGGGCCUGCCGAGGGGAGAGUGGCAAGGGGCUCGGAGCGCUUCCGGGACCUGGUGCCCAACUACAACCCGGACAUCAUCUUCAAGGAUGAGGAGAACAGUGGUGCAGACCGCCUGAUGACCGAGCGCUGUAAGGAGCGGGUGAACGCGUUGGCCAUUGCCGUGAUGAACAUGUGGCCCGGAGUGCGCCUGCGGGUGACCGAGGGCUGGGACGAGGACGGCCACCACGCUCAGGACUCACUCCACUACGAAGGUCGUGCCUUGGACAUCACCACGUCCGACCGCGACCGCAAUAAGUAUGGGUUGCUGGCGCGCCUGGCAGUGGAAGCCGGCUUCGACUGGGUCUACUACGAGUCCCGCAACCACGUCCACGUGUCGGUCAAAGCCGAUAACUCACUGGCCGUCAGGGCAGGCGGCUGCUUUCCGGGAAAUGCCACGGUGCGCCUGCGGAGCGGCGAGCGGAAGGGGCUUCGGGAACUGCACCGCGGAGACUGGGUGUUGGCGGCAGACGCGGCAGGCCGGGUGGUGCCCACGCCCGUUCUGCUCUUCCUGGACCGGGACUUGCAGCGCCGGGCCUCUUUCGUGGCUGUGGAGACCGAGCGGCCCCCGCGCAAGCUGUUGCUCACGCCCUGGCACCUGGUGUUCGCUGCUCGAGGGCCAGCGCCCGCGCCAGGCGACUUUGCACCGGUGUUCGCGCGCCGGCUGCGCGCGGGGGACUCGGUGCUGGCGCCCGGCGGGGACGCGCUUCGGCCGGCGCGCGUGGCCCGCGUGGCGCGCGAGGAAGCCGUGGGCGUGUUCGCGCCGCUCACAGCGCACGGGACGCUGCUGGUCAACGACGUCCUGGCCUCGUGCUACGCGGUUCUGGAGAGUCACCAGUGGGCGCACCGCGCCUUCGCUCCUUUGCGCCUGCUACACGCGCUGGGGGCGCUGCUUCCGGGCGGGGCGGUCCAGCCGACGGGCAUGCACUGGUACUCUCGGUUCCUCUAUCGCUUGGCAGAGGAGCUCCUGGGCUGAGUGUGGCGGACAUAGAAACCUCGAGACGCCUGCUGAAACCCGGGCGUGCGGGCUGAGAUCUGGGCGUGUGGGUAGCAGAGGAUGCUGACUCGAGGUGGAGGGAGGGGACAGGGAGGAAAAUGGAGGCGAGACUGGACUGCUUGGUUCAGGGGCAACCUCCACCUGAGAGGAGAUCCCUGGUCCUAGGGUGAUGGGGUUGACGGUGGAUACUCCUUGACGAGAACUAUUUGGCGUCUUCUUCCCGAGUGCCUCAGCCCCACCCGGUUAUUUUAUUUUAUUUUCUAUUUAUAAAUUGUAAUAUAAUGAUCUGCUUGCCCCGCCUGGCAAGGUGAGGGGCCAGGGCACGGCGUUAACACUGUUUAACACAGCCAGCCAAUCUGACGUCUGACAUUUUCCUACAAGCGGGCUAAUAAAGGGAAGGCUUGCAGGAGCUUAUUGGAAAACAUCUCUAUUCCGAGGGGGAUUCACCUCCAGAGGAGGGGAGAAGGGGACCAACUCUGGGUCAGUACUUUACUUCCGUCCCCUCCCUGCUUGCCCAGCAGGUCUUCCUGCCUGCUUCCUCCCCUCAGAGGGGGCAUCCCAAUUGAUCAGCAACGGAGACCAGAAGAGUCGUGCCCUUUUCUAGGCCGCUGGUCCCUUCCCCCACCCAGAGAGGACCAGCAUUCUGCCUGCAUGGUUGUAUGCGGAAUGUUGGAGGGGCCAGGGUUGUUGAAGGAGCAAGAGGGUCCUCGCAUGUCCUUUCUCGUUUAUAGAGGCUCCAGCGAGGUCUCAGGCUAUUGCAUUACUGAUACUCGGAGAAUUCUGCUCCCUGAUUGUUAGCCUACCAUCCUGGGCCCUCCGUGAAGGCCAUGAAUCAGCCUAGUUCCCAUCCUACCCUGGUGUCAGGGUCUGAAUGGGGGUGAUGUUUUAUUCUGGGAUGUCACUGGACCAACUGAUGACCCUUGAGAAUCCCUAGCUAAUUUAUAAUGAUAGUGCCCACACACUCUUGGUCAAGAGAAAGAACAGGAACAGAGGGUGGGAACCUAUCUCUCCUGAAGGGCUGUGGACAGAGAACAGCUUCAAACCCUGGUGUGUGUGUUUAGGGGGAGAUGGGUAGGCUCUCCAAGCAAGGGCAUAUAGGCAUUACAACUGGAGUCCUCUUCUUGAUCGCCUGUCCUAGUUGUUGUUUCUACUGGCUUCCUCCACCACCCCACCCCCCUCUUCCCUCUUCCAUUCUCCUGGCUCUGCAUCCCGGCCUGGGUAUUCCUGGAACCUUCAGGUUCCAAUGCAGCAGACAGGCAGGAACUCAGAGAGUCAGGUGCCCCUGAGUUAGAAUGGAAGCUCAGAGGAAGUUGAACUUCAGUGGAAGGGGAAUGUCUGGGCUCAGAGAGAGAUGGACGGGUUUGGUGGUACCACCAAGGAGCCAGCCCUUGCCUGUUAGCAGCUGUGCAGUUUCAGUCCACAGGGGCCCUGCUAUACACCGCCCUCUGGUGGCCUUCAGGAUCAGUUCUCUUCCAGACCAAAGGAAAGAGAUAACUAUAUACUUCAGGGAUGGGUGGACUGGACCUGCGCAGAGGAGCCUUAUCUCAGGAGGUGAGAGAUGGUGGGUGGGGCUUGGUAAGCUGCCAGGGCUGAGCCACGGCUGUCAAGGGCUGGUGAGGAGCCCACACGCCUCUCCUUGUGAAAACCCAUCCAAGCCUGGCAUUUUUGCAUCCCUCGUGCCUGGUUUAGCUUUGUGGCUCCCAGAAGCUGGAGGUAGAGUCAUAGCCAGAUUCUGAGCACCUCCAAGUUGCACCUUGUGACCCUUGAGUUCAAUGUCUGGAGGUGAACGCAUACUUAGGGUUCCAGGAAGUGCUUGAUAAAGGCGAAGAUUGGAAGCGGAGUAAGUUUACCUUUAGUGUCCUUCCACCCACCAUCUCCUUCAAUCUGUACCAGGUACCUGUUGCCACCUCCCUUCCCCUUUCCUGAUCUCAUAAUCCAAGCUGUGGAUCUUUCCCAGAGCAUGGCCUGCAAGUCAGGCAGACCUGCAGAUAGUGAUGCCACCCCAAGAGGAUUGUUGACAAGAUCAGUGUCUGUCUGUGCCCAAUGUGGGAUAGGCACUCGGUCAAAUGUGUUCUAUACUCUGCUCCCAUUUCUCACUGCUUUUGCAGAUUUCUGCUCUUUGUCUGCUUCUCUCCUCACCACUCCACUAGAAGCAGGAUUUAUCCAUGGUUCCCAAAUAUUUUGGGGUUUGCAUUGCCCCUAUACUUGUUGGAUUUCAUAACACUCCUUCAGAAGGUGCUGUGUGAAAGAGUUGGGCUUGCUUUAGAACUAAAGUCUAAUUAAAAGUGAUCUUGUUUUGAGAAUUUACAGAGUAUUUUGUGAUAAUCUUGGCAAGACCUCUCUGCAUACUGGGAAACCAGAGUUGAGAACCACUGCUUCAAGGUUCAGUUGACCUUUUUAACCCCCCGAAUCCAGACUUUUUCCCCCCUUCCUCUCUUCAAGCCGACUUUACUGAACAUCUAGAGUGUAGCACUGUAUUAGGCAUGAAAAACACACAAAAUAUUAAGAAGCUGCUUUCUCCAUGGGGGAGUAGGCUUAAAGGUAUAAGAUGGGUAACUACCAAAGCAACAUUGUUACUUAAUCAGGAUGAGUUGAAUGGGUGGAAAAUGUCAUAUCAGUACAGAGAAAGCCUUGUGGAGAAAGUAGGGCCUGGCUAGAAUGUUGAAGCAUGUAGGUGGAGGAGACCAGAGAGGGCAUUCCAAGCAGAAGUAACAACAUGAGCAGGCACUUGGAUUCUGGAAUGAAGAUGUGCAGCCUGGCUAGAAUGGGAGAUCAGGGAGUGUAACUGUAUGUAGCUAUUGUUUCUUGAGAACUUACUACAUGUCAGGCCCUGUGCUAGCUCUUGACAUGCAUUCUCCUUUCCUCCUUACAAUAACCCUGUGGGAUUCUAUUACAGAUGAGGACACCGAGGCAAAGACAGGUUUAAGUCACUGGCUCAAGUUAUUACAGCUAGUAAGUGGUAGACCUGGAGCAGGAAUAAUAAGAAAUAAAACUGCCUUGAUGGACAGGGCCACAUCCUAGAGGGCCUUAAGUAGUUUUUGACUCAGCGCACCUGGGUGGCUUGGUCAGUUAAGCUUCCGACUCUAGGUUUUGGGGCUCAUGUCAUGAUCUCAGGGUUGUGAGAUUGGGCCCUGUGUCAAGCUCCAAGCUCAGCAGGGAGUCUGAUGGAGAUUCUGUCUUCCUCUCCCUCUGCCUCUCGCUCUCUCAAAUAAAUAAGUAAAAAGUUUUGGACUCUCAUUCCCUUCAGGGAGUCACUAGUAAGUCUUAGCUUUUUGACAGUUAUUUCUCUCUCAUUUUCAUUGGCUCUUCUUUCUCCUGCCUGGAUCGCUGGCUUCCUUAACUAAAGUUACCUAGCCAGUAAAGGAAAUCCUCCAGAUUAGAGGAGAGGGGAGACUGAGCUUUGUUAAGGAUUGAAUAUAUGUGCCCCCUCCAAAUUCAUUCGCACAAACCCUAACCCCUGUGUGGCUGUGUUUGGAGAUGGGACCUCUAAGGAAAUAAUUAAGGUCAAAUGAAGUCAUAAGAGUAGGGCCCUGAUAUGAUAGGAUUAGUGGCUUUAUAAGAAGAGAAACCAGGGGCGCCUGGGUGGCUCAGUCGUUAAGUGUAUGCCUUCAGCUCAGGUCAUGAUCCCAGGGACCUGGGAUCAAGCCCCGCAUCCGGCUCCCUGCUCGGCGGGAAGCCUGCUUCUCCAUCUCCCUCUGCCGCUCCCCCUGCUUGUGAUCUCUCUCUCUCUGUGCCAAAUAAAUAAAAUAUUAAAAGAAGAAGAAGAAGAGACACCAGAAAGUUGUUUUCUCUCUCUUUGCAUGCACCAAAGAAAGGGAUGUAAAGACAUCGCGAGAAGGCAGCCCUCUGCAGGCCAGGAAGAGAGUUCUCACCAGAAACCAAAUUGGCCAGAACUUUGAUCCUGGACUUUCCCAGCCUCCAAAACAGUGAGAAAAUAAAUGUUUGAUGUCUAAGCCACCCAGUUGAUGAUAUUUUGUUAUGACAGCUCUAGCAGACUAAUACAAUCUUCCAGAAAUGUGUGAAGUGAGAAGAAGCCAGUGCUAAGAUGGAGUCUUUACUUACUGAAAAUAAUGAACUUGGAAAAGUGAGCAUUUCUGACCUAGAGCCUUGACAUGUUUAUCUCUGACCGUACCUGUGUGGUCACAACUGGAGGAAGCUUCCUUCUCUGGCUGGAAGACUGAAGCAGCUGUCUAUGGGACGAAGGCUAUGGCUGCUCAGGGUAUUUCCUUGUGCGGAUUGUGUGGCCAGUUAGCACAUUCAGACUCUCCUCUCCCUGUUACUGUCUCUAUAUGUGAAUCGGUUGAUGUAUACACAUGAACAUCUCCCAUUAGAUGGGGGGAUAUUUUCAGUCAGAUCUUACUACUUGUGCCAAAUACUAUUGAUGUGCCAUGGGAAGAGGACAGUAAGUCAGGCAUGGCUCUCACAGUUCACCUGGCAAGACACAGUGGUCAGAAGGUUGUUGAGUACGGUGAAGGAGAUGAGGAGUGACACUGAAGCUGACACUGAAAGAUGGGUAAGAGUUGUUCGAGCAGAGCUAACAGCAUAAACAAAGGCCUGGAGUUGGGUAAAGAGUAAAUUGAACAUCAAAUGGACGAGUGAAUUGAACAUCAAUUCAAGAGUAAAGGAGCAUCAGUAAGUUCAGUUUAGUGAAAGGAAGGUGUGAUAUACUUUAAAGAUUUUCAGUUUUGUCCUGAAGAUGAAAAGCAACUGUAGGAUUUGAAGCAGUUGCGGGAGGGGAUCAAACUUGCAUUUUAAAAAAGAAAUUGGCAACUGGAUGGGCUUUUUGGGUCAUCUCUAAUCCCUGAGUAGGUUGGUCCUCCCCUGUGCAUGUAAGUGUUGCUAGUUCUGAUUGCAAGUAGCAAAUGCCCCAUCCCCACACUGUCUGUUAUGGGAGCAGGUGGUGGGGGACAGUGUAGGGAUAUUGGAGCAGGGCACGAUAGGAUAGAGGCAGAUCUGAAGGUGAUGCCUCCAGCCCUGGCUUCGCUUCUCCCUGAAACCUAAACCCAAACUGUCUCUCAACUUCUCUCCUUGGGACCACAUAACCUAAGACCAUAGUUAUUUGACUCCAAACCACAUAGUGUCCAAACAGAAGUCCUUGGAACUGGGAACUCCUUUUCUGCUAUUCUCUUUUGCUUUCCAGCCAUUCUUCCCGCAGAGUUUGGCUUAGUUUGGAGCUGAUGGCCCUAAGCUGAGACAGAGCUGCCACCCCGAGAGCCAGGUCUGGGCUGAACACCGCAGCUGCCCAGGAAACAGCUGGUUAAGCCCUCAGCAGCUGCAGCAGCUGGGAUUCCACCCAAAAUUUGAGCUGGGAUUAAUCCCAUUUCCUCCACACACAUCCCUUCCCUGUUCUAGUCCCUGGCUAGUCUAUAGUAUCUCCUAGAAGUUUUGAGACUAAAUAUCACAAGUCUCUCUGUGAACUAAGCUGAAGCCAGUCAUCCACUCCUUCUUGGAGGCAGCUGACCCAAAGCACCUUGGGACCAUCACAGGAAGGAGGGUGUGGGUCUCUCUCAUACCCAACCUCCUUUCUCUCAUUCUCUCUAUCCUUUGAUAAACUGGCUAGGAUGGAUUAUUCUUUAAAUUGUCCAAUUUUCGAUAACCAUUAGAAUUGUCUAAAGAAGAAGGGGCUUCUUUGGUGGGGUGAGGAGGUAGAUUUCCUUUAUCUUGGAAAAACGCUAUACCAAGACCUAGAAACUUGGUGGGAGUGUUAUAGGAGGAUCAAGCGUCGUAUGGGUGAUUGUCACUUUCCAACCAUGAUUGCUUCUCACUUAACUGUGAUUCUACACUUGCAAACAAUAGGGCUGUAUAUUCUAUUUGGUGCUUUUGCACCAGCUGUGUGACCUUGAGGAAAUCACUUUGUAAGAGAUGCCAGAGGCCACAAUGAGGUACUUCCAAGAAGCUGGAAAGAAGGAGGUGCCCUGAGAUUUGAACAAGGCAAAUUAACACACAAAAGAACAAGGCAUUUCCUCCCAGGCUCAGAGAUUUGACUCCCUCCCUUCAACAAAUAUUUAUUAGGCCCCUGCAAGUACUAAUAGGCAUUUUACUAUGCUAAGGAUUUUUAAUACUUUUCUAGAGAAACAGGCAGUCAUUUGAAUAGAUUGAAUUAAUUUAAUUAGGUUUUAGCUUCGUGGAAUGGCCUGAUCAAAUUUGGAUUUUAUUUUAUUUUAUUUUAAGAUUUUAUUUAUUUAUUUGACAGAGAGAGAGACAGCGAGAGAGGGAACACAAGC